GUCGAAAAAGAAAAAAAACAAGUCUUUAAAUAACAAGUUUUGCUACGGAAUCGAGAGAAAGAGAGAGAGAGGAUGAAGGCGAUCGUGAUCUCGGAGCCAGGAGCGCCGGAGGUUCUGCAACUCCGAGAAGUCGAAGACCCACAAGUGAAGGAAGAUGAGGUUCUCAUUAGAGUUCACGCCACUGCUUUGAAUCGAGCCGAUACUCUCCAGAGACUUGGCUCUUACCCUCCACCACCUGGCUCUAGCCCUUACCCUGGUCUCGAGUGUUCUGGAACCAUCGAAUCCGUUGGCAACAGCGUCUCACGUUGGAAGGUCGGAGACCAGGUAUGUGCUCUUCUUUCAGGAGGAGGCUAUGCUGAGAAAGUUGCUGUACCUGCUGGACAACUCCUCCCUAUCCCUGCUGGUAUCUCUCUAAAAGAUGCAGCGGCUUUCCCUGAAGUGGCGUGCACUGUUUGGUCAACUGUCUUCAUGAUGGGCCGUCUCUCCCCUGGUGAAUCUUUCUUGGUUCAUGGAGGUUCAAGUGGGAUUGGGACAUUUGCAAUUCAGAUGGCUAAACAUCAAGGAGUGCGAGUAUUUGUCACAGCAGGAAAUGAGGAAAAGCUAGCUGCUUGCAAGGAACUCGGGGCUGAUGUUUGUAUAAAUUACAAAACCGAGGACUUUGUUGCAAAGGUUAAAGCGGAAACCGAUGGGAAAGGUGUGGAUGUUAUCUUGGACUGCAUCGGAGCGCCGUAUUUGCAGAAAAACCUGGACAGCUUAAACUUCGAUGGAAGGUUGUGUAUUAUCGGUUUAAUAGGUGGAGCCAAUGCAGAAAUAAAACUAAGUAGUCUGCUUCCAAAGCGUCUUACUGUCUUAGGAGCUACGUUAAGACCAAGAAGCAAGGAAAACAAAGCGGUUGUUGUAGCGGAAGUCGAGAAGACUGUUUGGCCAGCGAUAGAAGCAGGGAAAGUAAAACCGGUGAUUUACAAGUAUCUACCAUUGUCCCAAGCAGCAGAAGCUCAUAGCCUUAUGGAGAGUAGUAAACAUAUUGGCAAGAUUCUGCUUGUGACUUGAUUCUCUGCAAAGGGAGAAAUGUUCAGAGACGAAAAUAAAUCGUUGUGGAUAAUAAUAAAAUCUGGUGGAUUGUGUUCAUAGAUGUACAAGAGUUUGUUCAUUGGCCUUAUGUAUUUCUGUUUUUGUCAAAGAGACUCUUUAACUAUGGAACAUAUAACCAAAUAAGCUGUCUACAAGUAUACUAUACUUGUAUACCAAAUAUCUACAUCUCUAUA